GAAAGCAUCCACCCUCCUUCCAUUUCCAAUGAAAAGGACAAAUAUUAAACAGGCACAACCUCAACCUUGCAGCGGGCAUGUGUAAAGAUUACGCAAGACCUCUUUAUGGGCAGGGCUAAAUUGAAACCUCUUAUAGUUUUUCUUCCCCGAGAUGAAAUUCUGGCAACGUUUUCUCCUCGCAAGAACGGUGCUAAUGGCUUCCAGCGUUAUGAAAGAGGGCGCCUGCAGCGGAAGAACCGAAGCAAUCAAAGUUUCAGAAAAACAUGUCAAUGGAAAUAGGACAGUCGAAUCAUUCCCUGAGGGACUACAGAUGGUCAUGUUUGGCAUGGGCUGUUUCUGGGGUGCUGAGAGAAAAUUCUGGACUCAGCAGGGUGUCUAUUCCACUCAAGUUGGAUAUGCUGGUGGAUCAUCGCCAAACCCAACUUAUAAGGGGGUCUGCUCAGGGAUGACUGGCCAUGCAGAAGUAGUGCGAGUUGUGUACCAGCCAGACAAAAUCUGCUUUGAAAAAUUGCUCAAGGUCUUCUGGGAGAGCCAUGACCCAACACAAGGUAUGCGGCAAGGAAACGAUAUUGGCUCUCAGUACCGGUCAGUCAUUUAUCCCUACACCAAGGAGCAGAUGGCUGCAGCUCUGAAAUCUAAAGAGGUCUUUCAGGAGGAGUUAAAUAAAAAAGGAUACGGCAAAAUCACAACUGAGAUCCGGGAAGGUCAGACUUUCUACUUUGCCGAAGGAUACCAUCAGCAGUACCUGAAGAAGAAUCCAGGCGGAUAUUGUGGUCUCCGUGGCACUGGGGUAUCGUGUCCAGUAGGAAUUUAGACCACAAGAAAAAGGAGCCGAAUUGGGCCAGUCUACUCCACCAUUUCAUCAUAGCAGAUUCAUUUCUCACUCAACCCCAUUCUCCUGCCUUUGCCCCAUAUUCUGUCAUGUCCUGAUUUAUCAAAAAUCUAUCAACCUUCACCUUAAAUACACCCAGUGGCUUAGCCUUCACAACUGCCUGUGGCAACAAAUUUCAGCUAUUUCAGGAUUCACUGCCCUCCAGCUAAAGAAAUUUAUUAUCUCCAUCUAAAUGGACACCCCUCUAUUCUGAUGUUGUGCCCUCUUGUCCAGAACUUCCCCACUAUAGGAACCAUCCUCUACACAUCCACUCUAUCAAAAUUCAAUAGGUUUCAAUGAGAUCCCCCCCCCCAUUCUUCUAAAUUCCAGUGAGCUUUCUCUGUGUUGUGCUGUUGUUGUUGUUGUUUUUUUUUUACGUAGUUCAGUCUAGUUUUUUGUACUGUGUCAUGUAACACCAUGGUCCUGAAAAACGUUGUCUCAUUUUUACUAUGUACUGUACCAGCAGUUAUGGUCGAAAUGACAAUAAAAGUGACUUGACGAGUACAAGCCCCAAGCCAUCAAACUCUCUGCUCAUGAUAAGCCUUUAAAUCCCAUAAUCAUUUGUGAACCUCCUCUGAACCCUCUCCAACAUCAGCACAUUCUUUCUUAUAUAAGGGGCCCAAAACUCUCACAGUACCCAAGUGAGGCCUCACUAGUACCUUAUAAAGCCUCAGCAUUACAUCCUUGUUUUUGUGUUCUGGUCCUGUUUAAACAAGUGCUAACAGUGUCUUCCUCGCCACUGAUCCAACCUGCAAGUUAGCCUUUAGGGAAUCCUGCACCGACUCCCAAGUGCCUUUGCACCUUGGUUUUUUUUUGUAAUUCAAAUUUUUAUUAUUUAUUCUUAUUUUACAAAGCAGCACAGCAUAUCAUAGAGCAGAUACAGUACAGCAUAUUUACACAGCCAUCCUAUGACGGAAAACAUAUAAAACAUAAAUUUAAUCCAUUUAGAAAAUAUACAUUUUUAUUUCGUCUACCAAAGUGCAUGACCACGCACUUCCCAAUACUGUAUUGCAUCAACCACUUCUUUGCCCAUCUUUCUAAUUUGGCUAAGUCCUGUAGCCUCUUUGCAACCUCAAAACAACCUGCUCUUCCACCUAUCUUUCUAUUGUCCACAAACUUGGCCACAAAGACAUCAUUCCAUCAGACAAAUCAUUGACAUCAAGUCCACUUUUAUUGUCAUCUCAACCAUAACUGCUGGUACAGUGCAUAGUAAAAAUGAGACAACGUUUUUCAGGACCAUGGUGUUACAUGACACAGUACAAAAAAACUAGACCGAACUAUGUAAUAAAAAAAACACAACACAGAGAAAGCUACACUAGACUACAGACCUACACAGGGCUGCAUAAAGUGCACAAAAACAGUACCGGCAAUAAAUAAAUAAUAAACAAGACAAUAGGGCAGGGUGUCAGUCCAGGCUUCAGAUAUUGAGGAGCCUGAUAGCUUGGGGAAAGAAACUGUUACAUGGUCUGGUUGUGAGAGCCUGAAUGUCCCACCUCAAAUAAAAUCAUAAAUAUGAUUACAAAUCUGUUAGUAUAGUCAAAAGUAAUAAUUAGGAUAAAAUGCAUUUAUUCCAAGUUUUCUAUGAGUUAUUGGAAUGUGAAUUAUUAUGUAUUAUUCCCAAGUACAAAGUGACAUCUUUAUGAUGAAAAUCUUACAACAAAAAUUUUAAAAUCAGCAAUUAAAUAUGAAAAAUACUGCUCCAAAGAUGAUUUUAAAUAGCUUUUUGCACUGACAAUGCUUAAAUGAUUGAAAUUUAUGCAGUGCUUGAUCUCUAAAAUAUUUUGUGCACAGACACAAACUCCCCAGAUGGGUUGAGUUGUACUGUCAGUACCUCUCAAAUCAAUCCAAUCCUUCAUUAAAAGGUGCCACGAAGCAAAAACAAAAGCAGUACUGGACGCAGGAGUAACAAAUGUCAUUGUACCAUGCGAGUGCCAUUAAAGUGCACGAGUGCUUUGAACAUUGGGCCUUGGACAGUUUCAUGUCAGCUUGCAGAUAAACCGUUUUGUGCAGCGUUAUCUCAAAUUGAUACAUGUAACUUGCUCACUGCUGUGUAGUUUUGUUACCGACAUGAAGCUUUCUUCAACAUUCCUUUCUGCUAUGAUAGCAUUGCCAAUCAUUGUAGGCUUCUAACAGGCACAGUGAACAUUUUUACUACAGAAAUACCUUGCAUGAGAUUACUUGCUGCCAACCCAAUCUUUGGGACAUUCUUAAAGUUGUCAUUCCAAAAGUUGCCUGUAUCCAAGCUAUUCCAGGACAUAAAACAAAUUUGCAGAGAAGCUUCACAUUUCCAAUUUAUGACUUCAACCUUCAGUCUGGUAUCUGCACAGUUCUGACAACUGUGAAAACAUAAUCACCUUGAAGUUUGAAGAAUGUUAACCCUGUCUUUUAAACAAAAGGAACAAAUCACAAUCCAACUGUGGGUGUUUUACAUUCCUAGCUCAGAUGAGAUAGUCUCAUUUAAUCAAGGUCAUGCAGCUUGAAUGAGAAUUACACAUUUUCAGAAUAAAUUUUGUUAUCUUGCUCUUGAUCACCAGCAUGGCUGCACAGCACAGAAACACAAAAUCAUUGAACAGGAGCUUGUGAAUUUUGUCCAAGUAUUUUAACUUUAUUCUAAUAAAUUUAAUAAUGAUAA